AUGUCCACGGAUAACAGAAAGAAGCCAGCAAGUUCCUCCAACUCUGGGAACUUGGUUUACUGGUCCUCCUCAUUUCCACGGCAACCAGCCAGAGUCCUGAUCGUGGAGGCGCUGCCACCCUGGUGGUCAGAGACCUGUACGGUGCUUUGUGAUGCUCUGGAUAACUUCUUGUCCCUGGCCUGUAGUCUGGACGGACCCUGUAGGAUACCACUACUCAGUAUAUACGCCAUCAGCAGGCAGCAGGAAUGUCUACUGCCGUUUGUGCAGGUUCGUGGUAACCUGGCCAGGCUGCAUUCCUGUGUCGAGGAGCUGAGGUCUAUUCCAGGUGAAGGUUGUAUCAGAGGAGUGACCAGAGGAGGUGAGCUGCUGCGACAGGCAGUGCUGGACAGUCUGCAGCAGUUUAAACAGUACAUCAGACACACCAGUACUGGCAACCAGGCUGGCAACAACACAGCUGUGGAGGUUACUGUGGUGACCAGCCAGUCAGGGCGGGCCAUUGUUCGCAAGUUGGAGACUGGGCUCAGAGAUGCUGACCUGGUGUCUCUGAAGAGGCUCUUGGUGGUUCAGAUCUAUUGUGCAGCAGACUGGGGCCAGGACAACCCCUCACCUGAAGCCACGCAAGCUGAGACUGAGGACUGUCUAAUGCUGGGAACGGAGGUGGACCUGCAGCAGGUAGAAAACAGUGUUUUCACCAUAGAGAUGGUGUUGAAGGCGUGGCUUCAAGAGCAGGGAGGAGACAGAGAGCACCUCCACCUCCUGCUGCCCAGCCCCCUGGAUAAUCCCAUUCCAGUGUGUGUGAAGUGUGACAUGCAGGAGCGUCUGAUAAGCCCCGCCCUCAUCCCGCUAAAUCCUAACUUGGGCGUGAAGACUGAGAGCGUCCGGGACUUCCUGUCUGUCACUAAGGGAUCAGCCAAUCAGAGCCAACCGCCACGGAGACUGAAAGCAAUCAAAGUAAAACCCUGUGUGUAUUCUCACUACGUCCUCCAGCCAUCCCAGUCUCUCUCCCUCCUUUUGAAGCCUGUUGUCUCCAAAGAGUUGCUGCUGCCCUGCUCACUGCCUGUCCCAACUCAGGAACCUGCACCAGAAACCAUGCAGACUAUACAGGGCUGUCUCACUCAGCUGGAUGAGGAGUUUGUGUUCAGCCCUCUUUCUCUGAGCAGUAAUCUGUACCAGCACCUCAGGAGCAGAGGCCUGCUGUCACAGCCACGAUACCCAUACAGGUUGCAGCCAGCCGCUGCCCACAGAGACCAGUCGCAGUCACUAGAGGGCCCUAAAACCACAGGCAGCAGACAGCCUCGGCAGACUCAAAACCAGGGUCGCCAACUGGGAAUGAACAGCAAGAUCAGGGCCACUGUGGCUCCCUUCCCCUCUUCCUCCUCCCACUCGUCCUCCUCUUCCUCCCUGGGACCUCCUCCUGCUAAGGCCUCUCGUCCGGCCCUGACGCUCCUCAGCAGCAGCAGUGGUGGAGGUCGCCAGGCCCCAGCCCCUACGCGUCAGGACAGUGACAAUGAUGAUGUUUCCAUGGUAAUACAGUAAGAACGCAGGAAGAUGGGAGGAGAAAAGUGGGCCAUGGGAACAAUAGAGUGACAGGGAGGU